CUCUAUGAAUUAGUAACCAAAGUUUGUAAAACAGAGGUAAGAAGAAAAGGAAGUGCAGUACUUGGGAAACACUUCUGGCAAACAUGGAGGAGGCAGCCAGUGACAAGAUGUUCUGCUGCAGCUGGCUGCGGCGCACGAUUCCCCGGAACAUCAGGGACGAACUGUACCAUCUCUUGAGAAUGAUGGGGCCCCUUGUAAGGAUCUGCGAGCACAACAUGCCAAGAUCACAUGAUUGAUAAGUGACAACAUGUCUUUUUCAUGUCUUCUUUUUAGCUCAUCUCUCGAAUCCUCAAUUAUUUACUUCCUUUUGUGAUUACAAUGUUCUGUGGCCGUCUGAGGAACGAGGUGAUGGCCGGCUAUGGACUAGCAUCUGCUACUAUCAGUGUCACCACCUCAGCAACAGGACUGGGUUUGGGCUUCGCAUGUGAUACCCUGGUGGCUCAGACCUUCGGCGGUAAGAACCUACUACGUGUGGGCGUGAUCCUUCAGCGAGGCGUCAUCAUAUUGCUGUUGUUCUGUCUGCCCUGCUGGGGUCUGCUCCUCAAUGCUCAGUCCAUCCUGCUUCUUCUAGGCCAGGACCCUGAGGUGACCCGAAUUGCUCAACUAUAUAUUACGGCAUACCUUCCAGCAAUACCUGCAAUGUUUCUACAUCACCUACAGAUGUCCUACCUUCAAAACCAGGGUAUAAUACUGCCACAGGUGUAUACUGCUGCCAUGGCAAACAUUGCCAAUGUGGUGACAAACUACGUCUUUAUUCACUUACUCAAGCUUGGAGUUGGCGGCUCAGCAGCAGCCAACACCCUAUCCGAGAUCUACAUCUGUGUCUUUCUGUUUGCUUACAUCUGGUGGAAAAAGCUUCAUAAAACAACAUGGGGAGGUUGGUCCGUGGAUUCACUGCAGGAGUGGGGGGCUUUCAUGAAACUGGCCAUUCCCAGUACACUCAUGACAUGUUUCGAAUGGUGGAUUUAUGAGUUUGGGGAAUUCUUUGCAGGGAUGAUGAGUAAAAAUGAGCUGGCAGCCCAGCAUGCGUUGGCAUCCAUUGCAAACUUGAUCUACAUGAUCCCGGUUGGUAUCCAAGCUGCGGCUUGUGCUCGAGUGGGCAACGCUCUGGGUGCAGGAAACACGGCAGGGGCACUCCUCACCUGUAAGGUGUCGCUGUUACUCACAGCUGCCUUUGCUGUUGUUGAAGGCGCCACGCUCGGCUCUGCGAAAUCUGUGAUUGGCUUCAUCUUCACUUCUGACCCGAAGAUCAUCAGUCGGGUUUGCGACUUAAUGAAUGUUUACUGCUUCCAUCUGUUCUUCGAUGCACUGGUGGGUGUCUGCAUCGGCAUCUUUAUGGGGACUGGGAAGCAGAAGAUAGCGGCUGUGUCUAAUUUGAUUGGCUUCUACUGCAUUGGCCUAACACUCAGUGUUACAUUCAUGUUUGUUGCCAAACUGAAUAUUUUAGGUUUCUGGUUGGGUCUCCUCAUUUGCGUGAUUUUGCAAUCCAUCUUCUACAUCAUUGUCAUAUUUCGAAUGAACUGGCAGAAAAUCACAGAGGAGGCUCUGAAACAAGCCCAGGCAAAGACAAAUGUGGCAAUACUAAACACGCUUAACCACAGUGCUGAACAGGCAGAGCACCAAGACAAUUCAGUGGAUGGCUACCUUCAUGUGAACACAGAGUGCCCCGAUGGGAACACAGUGAGCCAAAAUGUUGUCAAGGAGCGUACCCACCAUCUCCCCAUGACCCAGUUGAUAAUCCAAAGAGGCAUCACCAUGUUGACUGCAUUGGGCCUCCUAGCCGUGGGUGCUUGUGUGCACUUGUUAGUGCCUUUGCCAGAGAGCCCGCUCUUCACACACAAAGCCAAUCUCACAAUGGAGGUGGUCAAUAGCACAAACAAUCCUCCACAAACGUCUAUUACUCUGCUUGACUCCUGAGGAAAGGCGGAACUUCAUCAGUCCAUAGUAUUUGUUGUCAAUGUGCAGCUAAAAGUCAAGUCAAGUGCAUUGUUACUUGUUUAAGGUUCUUGUUUCAUUGCAAUUUCCUGUCUCUUAUAGAAGGAGUGUAAAUGGGUUCAACUUUUAUAGAAUAAA